GGAGCCAUAUCUUGGAAGUGCUUUGGCGGAUUUCAUUGAAACUUGGUAUGAGUAUAUAUAUGGAUAAGAGGAUGAUGCACGCCAAAUGGCAUUGUACACCAUCUGUUAAUAACGGAGUUAUGACCCUUUUUAUCUUAAAAAAAAAUGCUUUUUUGAGUGUCAAAUAUAACACUUUUGUGUCUAGAAGCAUAUUGGCGGGGGAUAUCAAUUCAACGAAUUUGCUUGUUUAUAGUUAACUGGUAGUUACCUGGUACCUGUACCCAGUAAAAUUUAUUAACGACUAUACUGAAAAUAUGAAAACUGAACAAUUUUUUGCAAGUAAUGUAAUAUGCCAGUCGUGAUAUUUUAAUCAAUAUAAACUAAUAAUUGUAAAAAAACACACGGUAUUUUAGAACCUUUUUCGUCAUUCGUGGUUGAUAGUCCCUUUAAAUGACUCAAGGCAAUUAAUUAAGGCAUCUCUAUGAACAACUUCAAGAAGUCCAUUUCAAUGUUCAACUUUGCACGGCCUGUAUUGACCAGACAUUCUCCAAAUCUAGUUGAUUUUAUUGGCCACUUGGUUUCGUGAAUUUAAAGAUUUUAUUGCCACGUUUGUAAAACUUUUGCAUUUGGUGACACUUGCGAAUGGCAGUGGGAGCCAUGGUGGUCAAAGGUCAAAUCAGGUCAAAACACAUAGACAACUGCAUGACCUCAAAUGACUUCUGUGAUUAAAUGGAUUGUAUUGUGGAUCACCAACCUUAUUACCUCAAAGGUCAAGUUGACACUUAAAAAUCAAAAGUCAAAUUUGUCCAUGCAUAUCUUGUGCAUAAAAUAAGCGAAGUUUUGUACACAAUUGGAAUUUGAGGGCAUUAUGGAAAAAUCUCCUGUUCGUUAAGAUUUAUCCUAUUGUUCUCUAACAAAGUUGGUACUUUCUAUCAGGUCAAGUCUUCAACACGUGGUGUCUGUGAGCUUAGGGGAGAGCUUUUUGGCCAUCAUGGUCCUCUCUUUAAUGUAGUAAGUUUUAGGUGUAUAUGUAUUGUAAUUUACCAACAAUUUUAAUCUGAAAUGUUUGUGUGUUUUUCAGAGGACAAGUAUGAGUUCCAUGUAUUUCUUUACCCCCAUGAUGAUACCAGAGGAAAGACAGAGACGAUCAAGCAGAAGCUUGAGGAUAAACACUAUGAUUUAUUUAUAUCUGCUGACAUUAAACCAGGAACAGGAUAUCCGAACAUUUACGAGCGAUGCGAGACUGGCUUCGGGCAGUGUCGGAAGAACGACAUAUUCACGAGAAAGGUCAUACAAACAACAUCAGCAACAAUGGAAAAGAGCGCAGCCGUGCAUUUUCUGUAUUCAGAGAAUCUGCUACGUGAUGCUUGGGCUAUGAUAUUCCUCACAACCUUAAUGGAGGAUGGCAAAGAUAUUCUCUGUUUGGGAAUAGAUGCCUUUAAGCCACAGCACAUUAUCACGACUUUUGAGAAAGGACAAUUUGAGACCGAUGGAUCAGUAAUGAAUGGUAUUGAGAUAAGGCCAGUUAGUAAUUAUAUAAGCUUCUGGAAGCGUCUCCCGAAAGUGAAGGUUCCAAAUGAAACUGAUUCGCAGAGAAAACAGAAGAAUUUCUGGUGUUUUCUGCAAAACAAACUCCCUAAACCUAUGGUCAAAGCAAAGGGGAAACGUGUCGAUAUUGACAGAAGAAAUUUUGAAACUCCUCUUCUGGAAUUCCCGCAUCCUACUCAUAUGAAACGUUAUAGUGACACAUCAAGAGGAAAGUCGGUCAUCAGAUGAUGUGUUUGUAUACUUGCACAAUGAGGUGCAGCAACAGAACUUAUAACCAGCGACCAUAUAUGAUGGGCCCCUAGACCAGAUAAAGGGUGGACUUUUGAACAUGAUACCGCCAUAGCCCAUGCGUUCGGAAAUGCUAUGGAAAUAGGGAAUGAACGAACAACUCUGGUUGCAGAUAAUCAAAUACAUGCCAAAACAGCUGAAUAUUGGAAUUUAAAUAACCAAAUAUUGAACAACAAUGACACUUCUUACCAUGUUGUUGCACAAAGCGAGGCUAUUUACUUGAUUCAUCCUAUGAAUAAAAAAGGUUUCAUGUCCUCUGAAGAUGGAUCGCCUCCAACGAGUGUCAGCGUAUCAAGCCCUCCUGAUAACAAUGCCGAUUUAUUUAGAGCGGAUUCCUAUGUAGGUUUUACAAGUGGAGGUAUUUGAGCAGGCAUUCCUGGUCAUAGUGUCAGUGGAUACAGCAGAAGUCAGACGAGUUCAUCAUUUGGAGCAAACAGCGGUGCGCUGUGUACCUUACAGUCUUCUUUCUCGACCUCUCCAAGUCUAUCUUCUGGAAAAAAAAUCAUCUUUUACCGAAAAAGAAGUACAAAUUGAAGAGACAAAAGAUGAUUAAAGCUUUGUUAAAAAUGAUAAAGGUUUGAAACUAACAUUAGAGUCUACUGGAUAUACACGGAACGUUAGCAAUUCGGUUGUCUCUCCGGAAAGUGGAUAUUCCUCUGGUAAUACAAACCCAUCUUAAAUUUGAACGAUGACACAGACGGUUGGACUUUCCAGAAGGAUUCGAAUUUAGUUAUAAUUUGCAAAGCAUUUUAAUGUGUACGAAUAUAGUGAUUUGUGUUGCUGUUUUCAUCGACCCAAUUACAUGGAAAACGAUGCAUUGGAUAUAACGCCUAUUGUCGGGUCGAAUUAUAUUUUGAUGAAGAGGUUUUGGAAGUGUGUCACUUUAUUUUACCAGUUUUAUAAAUCAUACGGGAAAUAAGAAGUGUACACUAUUUUUGUAACAUUGUAACUGAAAUAAAUAGAUGUGUACGAUAAUUUCAGACUUUCGUAGAUUUUCAUAAUAUGGUUUACUGUACAAGUGAUCAGAGAAAAUAUUAUAUUAUGAAUGAGAUAAAUUAUUUAUGACAUAUUCAACGGUUUACUUUGUAUGAGGAGCUGUUGAUAAGCAAUAGAAGACAUCUACAGCUAUUCAAAAUGUUCACAUUUUUGCCUUUACAACAAUGUUUCUACUACAUCACAAUAAAACAAGGUAUUCUAUGUGAUAAAAGAGACACAGGGUGAUGCUGAAUCGACAGAUGUUCACUUAAAUGUAUAUUUCUUAUGAAUUUCUAUGGUAUGGUAUCUAUAGUUUCCCGAUUUGUUGCAGUCGUCUUUUAAUACAUUGGAACACAUUGAUAUAUCCUAUUUCAUUAUUUCAACAGAAAGUAAACAUGUAUGUGUGUAAUUUCCCAGAAGAGGGUCAUGGCGUUUCGAGUGUGUAGCUUCGGUGUGAGAAUUAAUAUCGUUUGAUUCUUUUUUUUUUAGAUUUUAAAGAUAUGGAACUUUUUAACAAUGUUUGUGAAGUUUUGUUUACAAUUGUGUUUUUUGUUGUUAAGUUUUGUAAUCCGAAGCAUAUAUUAGGUGGAUGGCAUUAUAAGGGUUGUUGUGCUUUCGUGUUAUGUAUGGAUUGAAUCUUUGCAUUUCUUGAUUGAUGUCAAUUAUUGUAGUAAAAGUAUGUAUGUUUCAUAUAUGACAUGAGCAUGUUAUUCAUAUACGCUUUUUAAUUCAGUUUCUUACCGUCUUUUAACGCUGUAUUUCUUAUAGUUUAUUCGCGAUUGUUCCGCUUUGUCUUCAAGCAUUUUAACUUUGUUAACACUUAUGUUGAUGUUGAUAUGUUUUUUAUGAAACAUUAUCUACAACAUUCUUUUUUAUGGCUCGUAUCAAAUCCUUGCAGGUAUUACACUCCAUGUGAUGAUGGUCCAUUUAUGUAUUUACACACAACAAGUGUCUUUUCUGUGUAUUUUUUCCCUUCUGGAUACAAAACAUUGUAGUAUUUGUAUUAUUGUUUAUGAUUUCUAUUUACCUUUACAUUUUUGACUGCAAAACAUACACAUUUGUUAAACAUACUUUUUUAUAACAAAUUGCUGGGAUUUUCAUUUCAUAUAAUAAUUUACAAAGAGAUGUGUUGAAAGAUUUUUCUUGUGAUAGCUAUGGUUACAGCUAGGGAGCAGUAAAUAAAAAUUGCCGACUGCGACACCCUUUACGUCAAUAGUCCACUUGAUCUGUUCAAUAGCAAGAGUUCCGACUCAAAGUUCGGUCGCAUCACUUAUCACUCAUAGCCUUUCAUACUUACCAUAUUUGGCUCAAAACAAAUACAAGUUUAUCUCUAAAUAACGUGUAUGCAGAACUUGUUGCAUCCACCAUAGUUAUUGGAACAAAUACGGUCCAAUCAUAAACAUGGUCGUUGGCUUGUAGUGUAUAUUCAAUUAUGUUUUGAAUUUAGUUCUUUGUACACUAUGCGAGCUCCUAAAUAAUCAUCAGAAAUAAAUAAAAAUUACACUUACUGGUUACUCAUUACAAUAUAUAUUUUGUUAAAAAAUAACGAAUCGUUAUGAAAUAACAAUAAAAAGAUCGGCACAAAAUAGCCUUUUUACGAAGUGACCAUACCCACGUGUAACCGACUUUUUCGAUGAAAUGCUUAAGUUGUUUCUCUUGAGGAAAACGAAUGCAAUUUGAAAUUGAGAUAAAUGAUUGUAUUUUGAAUAUAUGAAAUGCACUUUUUGGACGCCAACUACGAGAUUCAAAUAUGUGUAUCAUAUAGAUGCGGGCUUUCACAUGUUACCGAAUAUUUUAUAUAAUAGCUUUUCAGCGUUAAUAUUCUGAAUUAACCUGAAUUAUUUCACUUGCAGGUAACCAGUGCGAUGACUUUGUUUAUGACAGAAAAGCAUGAAAGUUAUGAUGGGAUAACGUAUUCUUAUUUAAGUGAUUGUUUGACCUUUGUAAUGGCAACUGCUUUUUUUCGGAAUAUAUGAAACAUAUUUUAAGUAUUCAAAUGGCA